UCCCCUCCCCCCUCCCCUGCAAUCUCUCCUCUCCUCUCCCCCAGAUCCCUCUCUGUCUCUCUCUCUUUGGAUUGAAAAGAAGAGAGAUUGGGUCGUGACACUCCACCUCCAUCGAUCCCCUCGAGACCAUGGAUCCCAACUGGCGGCCCACCCAAGGGUGUGGCCCCGCCGCCGCCGCCCCCGCCGCUGCCGCUGACCCGCCCCCCGCCGGAGGCGACUGGCGCGCCCAGCUCCAGCCCGAGGCGCGCGGCAGGAUCGUCGAUAAGAUAAUGGACACUCUGAAGAAUCAUCUGCCAGUAUCUGUGUCUCUGGCGCCAGAGGCACUGAGCGAACUUAAAAAAAUCGCUGCGCGGUUCGAAGAAAAGGUCUAUACCGAAGCAACCAGUCAGUAUGAUUAUUUGCGGAAGAUUUCUGUGAAGUUGCUCUCCAUGGAGACGCAGAGACAGCAGGCUGCUGGAAAUGCUCAGCUGAUUCCAAAUCAAAACAACCCUGCCCCUGGACUCCAUCCACAAGGCAGUAAUCAAGCACAGACAUCAGCAGUUCCCUUGAUGUCUCAGCAACAGGCCCGGCAGCCAAAUGCUUCUACAUCUGUACAAGCUUCUUCACUCACUAAUAUCAGACAGAACUUGCCAGGUGUCAACCAAACAUCAACGAUGCAGACUGCGUCUGUCAUUCCACAAAACACAAUGAAUAAUGACUUGGCGCAAGGCACUUCACAAGAUGUUUAUGCUGCACAAAGGCAAAUGGCAGGCAGGCAGCAACAGCAACAAUCUCAGCAAUUAAUUUAUCACCAGCAUCAACAGCCUUCUCUGCAGAGUCAGCAGCCCAAUAUUCCUUUACAACAGCAGCAACAACAGUUGAUGGGACAACAGCCAAAUUUACAACAAAAUCAGCUAAUUGGUCAACAGAAUGGUGCUGUGAUGAUGCAGCAGCAACAGAGGCUAGCAGUUCAGUCAAAUAAUCUUUUGAAUGUGCAGCAAACACAUCAGAUGUUGAACCAGCAGUAUAUACCUUUGUAUCAGCCACAACAAUUGGGCUCUCAGGCAAACAUGUCGAGUCUACAGCAGCAUCAACAAAAUCAACAGCAGCAGCAACUUUUUGGAACUGUGCCUAAUGUCUCAAGCAUGCAGUGGAUGCAUAUGCAACAAAGAAAAGCUCAGCAACCACAGCAACAACAUGCUCAGCAGCCACCAAUGGGUUUGAUGCAACCUCAGUUUCAACACAACCAACUUCAACAAUUGCAACAUCUUAUGCCACAGUUCCAGUCUCAGCCUAACCAACUACAAGAGCAAUUAAGGAUGCAGCAGCAAUCCUCCAUGCAGCAAAGACUUCAAACUUCAGGAGCCAUGCUCUUGCAACAAAAUAACAUGGAUCAGCAAAACCAGUUUAUUCAGGCACAGAGGGGCCUUCAAGAAGUUUCCUCUAGUACAUCUGCGGACUCUACUGCUCAAACAGGCCAUGCAAGUGCAGGUGAUUGGCAAGAGGAGAUACAUCAAAUGAUUAAGAGGUUAAAGGACCAAUACUUUGCAGAACUCAGUGAAUUAUUCAAUAAGGUGUGUGUGAAGCUACAGCAUGUUGACAGCAUUAUUCCACCUCAAAUAUCAUCUGAGCAGUAUGAUAGAAUGAAGAGCUUUAAAAUAAUGUUGGAGCGCAUAUUACAAAUGAUGCAAAUUGGUAAAAGUAGUGUCCAACCUGCUAUGAGGGACAAAGUUCCUCGAUAUGAGAAACAGAUUAUCAGUAUCUUGAACUCACAAAGGAAGCCAGUGCAGCCACAAAUACAACAACAAUUCCAGCCACCUCCAGGGAGAAGAGGGAGAGAGCUUACUGUGGUGGCUGAGGCAGACGCACCCGGCGACCAAGUUGGGCAGGACCGUGCGGCGGUGAGGGUGGUCCGGGCACGUGUGACUGGCGAGGGUGACGACCGUGCAAGCAAGGCGAGGGCGAUGGGCAGCUAGGGAUUUGGGCAAAGGAAGAAGGGGAAUUUGGCCAGGUCCCUGUGUGGCCUAGGGUUAAGUGGAAUGAACUUACCGGAGGUGUUGUGGGGGUUGAUUUAAUUAUAAAGUAAUUAAGUGGAGUGAACUUACCGAUGGUUGAAGGGUCUAACAGUUCGGGUAAUAGUAGACAGGACCAGCCAAUGGUUGUUUUCUAAGUCCCACAACCAAUAUUGUUUUUGCAAUUUCCCAUACAAUAUCAUAAAACCAUAAAACGCCAAAACCCAAAAUACCCUAAACCCCUAAAAAUGACAAUAAAUACCUAAAAAUGUACCAGUGGUGGGUGGCAAGAGAGCCCGCAAUUGAUUUGUAAAGUAUCAGUGGCGGUCGUCAUAUUUUAACCGCCACCCGUAGUUUGAGCUCAGAUAUUAGCCCAUGGCUAAUUUGGGCCAAUCUGGGCGGGUGGGUAGCAUAGACCGCCACUCGUAACUCAAUUACCAGUGGUGGGAGGGCCAACACACUCACCACUGGUAUGUUUGGCCCAUGGCUAAUCUGGGACCAUAAUACUAGUGGCGGGUGCGAAGUGAUGCAAUUAAGCAGUAUUGUCGAUUUGGCCUCAUUAUUUUGGACAUGGCUAGCUAGCGCCCGUGCAUUCAUUGGGGCUGACGAGCAGUUGCCCAUAUACGGAAAGUCGGUCUGUCACUUUCCCAAAAAAGCAAAACUAGUGUCCCCCACCACGUGAUUCCAAAGCUAGCCGAAUCCAGAAGGGAAAGUACUCGACGUCUUCACCUUACAAGGAAAUCAACUACGAUCCUAUCCCACAUGCAUUUAUUUGGGUUUCAAAAAAUUUAAAAAGCUAUAAUUUUUGGUUCUACGUCGGAACUCAGAUCUGUUUUCACUGUUGGGUUUCUCGUGACGAGUUUUUCAAAACUAGAUCCCAUAUGGGUAGGUUUGGACAAACUUUUUUCAUGGGCAACUUUGGGUGGUAUUGAGGCAACUUUAGUGCUAUAGGAAGCAACUUCUUUUUUCCCAGUAUGAUUGCCUAACAACAAAAAAUCCUAUGGAGGCAACUUUAAUGCUAUAGAAAAGUAAUUUCUUCUUAGUUUGUCUAGCAUGAAUGCCUACAAUAGAAAGUCCUUAUAUUGUUAGCUACCAUUACUAUCAAGUUAACUAGAUUCACCAUCAAGUUACCUACCAUAACUAGCAAUAGAAGACAACAAAGCAUCAACUGUAGACGACUUCGGAAUAUUAUAGGCAAUUUAGAAACAACGACAUAUGAGGAAGGACCGUAGGCAACUUAAAAGCACCGGUGAGCAAAGGAGAAUGUCGGGCAAAAUUAACUAGAACACAACAUUUGGUGAAGCUGGCUAUUUUUAGCACUAAAGUUGCCUCUAGUAGAACGAAAAAUGGUUAGGAAGGUUAUGUGUUGUUAUCUACCUCUCGAAGUUGUUCACUAUUAGUAGUGAGUGGCUUAUUGUUGCCGAUCAUAACUAGCAAUGGCAGACAAUAGAGCAUCGACGACAAGCGACUUCAUUGUAUUAUAGGCAAUUUAGAAAUAACGACAUACAAGCAUGAAUGGUAGGCAACUUAGAAGUAGCGGUGAGCAAGUUAGGAGAAUGUUACACAAAAUUAACUAGGACAUCAAAUGUAGUGAAGUUGCCUAUUUUGGUGAACUAACUAAAGUUGCCUCUAGUAGAAGGAAAGUUGCUUAUGAAGGUGAUGUGGUGUUACCUACCUCUUUUUUAAAAGUUGUUCGUUAUUACUAAUUAGUCGCUUAUAGUUACUAAUUAGUUGCUUCUAAUAGAGUGAGUUUCUUCUGUUUAGCACUACAAUUGCCUCAUCUAACAUCAAAGUUGCUUUUGAAAAGCAAAUCGAAACAUAUCCAUAUGGGUUCACGUUUUGAAGAGCUAGUCGUGACCUGGCUAGCGCCCACGCUUUUUGUAGUGUUGGCGGGCACACAAUCCCCCCCCCACCUCGAAAUGGAAAGCACAAGGCUCUCAUACAAUCCGUCCCCCACUUAGUUUCCAAAUUUAGAGUCAUGAUAGGCAACUUAGAUCCCACAUUUUUUUUUCUGAUGUUGUAGCCAACUUAUAUCCCUUGAUGGACGACUUCCAUAGUAUUGUAGGAAAUUGAGGAUCACCUGUAGGGAACUUCGUAGCGACGUAGGCAACUAGGUUUUUGAGGUCGACAACUUAGGAGCCAUCUUAGGCAACUUUCCACUCUAUGGUAAGCAACUUCCAUAGUAUGGUAGGCAACCAAACUAUCAACAACUUUGUUUUUGAUAUAUGCAAUGUAGCAACCAUGUUAACCACUUAUAACACUACUGCACACAACUAAUUAGAAGGCUACUAGGUGAAUUCACUAAUACACACAGUGCAAUUAAGUUGCUUAUUUGUAGCGCCAAGGUUGCCCAAUGUAGCAUCAAAGUUGCUCUAAGAAAAGUUCGUCAAAAUAUACCCAUAUGGGAUCUAGUUUUGAAGAACUCGUCGCGAGAAACCCAACGGUGAAUAUGAAUCUGAAUACCGAUACUCUAAUCAAAAGCUAUGACUUUUUAAAUUUUAUAAAACCCAAAUAAAUGCACGUACUUUUCCUUUCUUGAUUGAUGUGUGCAAAAUAGGGCGCGUUCGAAGGGAUGAGGACCAGAUACUUUCCCUUUUUGUAGUGUAAUGAUGACACGGGAUGCCAAUUACCCUUUAUAGCAGGUCUGCUCGGAUGCACCCCGUGCCGUGUGAGUUUUUUGUCGUAUACUACGUGCGCUCAGGAAGCCCAAUUAGUGCAGCUGCACUAAGAAGCAUUUGGGCAUUAUUUUUACCUUACAUAGAAAAGUUUAGGGGAAAAUGUGUGUUGUCCAUCAGGACCCCCACGCCCUUACUUAUCGUGCUAACAGUUACGUUGGACUAUAAUACAAGGUCCUUGUUAGACUACAACCUGGACUUUUGGAUCCCAACUCUUAUUAAACCCUUAGGGCACUCCCGGUGCAUUGUAUCUUGUGUUUUAUCAUAUGCACUAAAUACGUGUUUAGAUACAACUCUUCCAGUGGCUAAUAUCUUAUUGUUGUAUCUAAAUGAGCUGCCACUUAAUAUGUUCUGUGAGGGAAAAAGAAUAAUUAUCUUGGGUUACCUGAUAAUGGUUGUAUCUUGGUAAUAUACAUUCUCUCUCCUUUUCCUCACUAACUAGGCUUCAACAAUGGUAUUUGGACUUUUGCUUAGGUGGGAUGUUUUAGAUACAACUGGCAUCAUUGCACUGGGUUUUCCCUAAGUACGACUCAAAUAGUUUACAUGAACUAGCUUGAAAAUAUUUGAAACUUUUUUGGAGAUGACAACCAGAUUCAUUUCAGAUGCAAUUAUAUGUUUUCUGACGAGUGAAAUGCACCAUAGGUCCUAGAACUAUCGAGGGGGUGGCAAGUUAGUCCUAAAGCAUUAAAACUGCAUUUCACACUUUUUGUUACCUGAAUUACGAUGGAUAGAAGGACAGCUCGAAGAUUGAAUUAUAUAUUGUGAUGUUUAGUGAUCAAGUACUGUGUAAUAAUCAUUUUGACUAAACUGACCCUAUUGAUCUCUGACUUUUGUUCACCACAAUGGGUUUUCUUAUUUGUUGGAUUUUUUUCUGGAAAAAUGCUACUGUGCAAUAAUCAUGAUGACUAAGCUGUCCAUAUUGAUCUUCUGUGAUUGUCUUAUUUGGUUCACAAGUUUUCCAAUUGCCCCUGCUUGUAGCUUGUUAUUUGUUGGUUGUUCAUUGUAUCCUGAUACUCAUUGACAACCUUCUUCUCCAUGUGACAUCUGUGGAUUCUACUGC